UAGGCCUACUAUUGGCUCAUUAUAUCUCACGCGAGACUCACUCGACGUCAGCGUUAGUGUUGAAUCACAUGUGAUAUGAAUGCAGAUCUGACUGUAUAUCAGGUGAUACUGUCUUUCAAAUGCAUUGCCUGUCAGUCUGUAAGCCGAGUAGUACUGCCUAUGAAUACUAGAGCCCAGUCUGAAACCUCAUCCUCUGUCAGCCCUCGAGAGCCAAACAUUUGAUCAUAACGUAUGACAGAAGACUAUCCACUUAUUAACCAAACUUUGAUUUCAAUUUGUUUUCAUUCAAUGACAACAUCUUUCCGAUAAUUUUGUUAUCAUUUAUAUAUCAUAUAUAAGACUCAAACACUUCUCACUUCAAACCAUCACUUGUUGUCCACUCUUUCUUCAGUCGACUCCACACCGGCUUAAGGACUCAAUUGAAGACAACAUAACUCAUUAAAACAGUUAUUCAAUUAUUUAUUUAAUUAAGUCUCUACUUAAAUAUUGUUUCAAUUUAUUUGUGUUUAAAUUUUUGAACAACUAUUAAAAUCAACAAAUUUGAGACAAUGGCUAUCGAUUACGAGUUGGGUUCUGGAGAUAACUAUCAGAUGCCAGAGUGGGAGAUGAAUGACGAUAUAGUGAUUAGUGGUGUCGCCGGACGUUAUCCUGAAUCUGAUAAUAUUGACGAACUUAGAGACAACUUAUAUAAUGGCGUUGAUAUGAUUACGGAAGACGAUCGCCGUUGGCCUUCAGGUCUCUAUGGACUUCCGACAAGAUGUGGUAAAAUAAAAGAUUUGAGUAAAUUUGACGCACAGUUCUUCGGUGUUCACGGAAAACAAGCAAAUCUAAUGGAUCCUCAGGCGAGACUUCUUUUGGAACUUACAUAUGAGGCCAUAGUUGACGCCGGUAUAAACCCACAGACUCUGAGAGGCAGUCGCACCGGUGUUUAUGUGGGCGCCUGUGUUUCAGAAGUAGAAGAAGGAUUAUCUAUGGAUAUAUCGAAAGUUUCUGGAUAUGCUCUGACCGGAUGCAGUCGAGCUAUGUUUGCUAACCGUAUUUCAUAUACGUUUGAUUUUCAAGGACCCAGUUAUUCAAUGGACACCGCCUGCUCUUCCAGUGCUUUAGCCAUUAAUCAGGCCUUACUUGGUCUCCGAACCGGUCAAUGCGAUGCCGCUAUUGUUGGCGGUGUCAACGUCUGUUUGCGACCGGUAUCUGCACUACAGUUUCACAAACUUAAUAUGUUAGCUGUUGACGGAAAGUGUAAAUUUCUCGAUGAAAGUGGCAAUGGAUAUGUCAGAUCCGAGACCUGUUCCAUAAUAUUGUUACAAAAAAAGAGUGAAGCAAAACGUUUAUACGCAACAGUAAUUCACGCGAAGACCAAUACUGAUGGAUAUAAAGACGAAGGCAUCACUUUUCCUUCAUCUAUAUCUCAAGCGUCACUUAUGCACCAAACACUUAAAGAGGCGAAUAUAGAUCCAAAUGAUAUUAAAUAUAUUGAAGCUCACGGAACUGGAACUCCUGCUGGUGAUCCAUCGGAGACAAAUGCCAUUGCCAAAGUUUUCUGUCAAAACCGAAAAGAGCCGCUUUUGAUUGGUGGCGUUAAAUCCAAUUUAGGACAUUCAGAACCUGCUUCUGGUUUGAACUCUUUGGCCAAAGUAUUGAUCACUUUCGAGAACAAAUGCAUUCCUGGAAAUCUCCACUUCAAUACACCCAACCCUAACAUUCCAGCUUUAAUUAAUGGUCAAGUGGUUCCAAUAACAAAGAACACACCAUUUGUUGACAGUGUAGUUCCCAUCAAUUCGUUUGGAUUUGGAGGAGUAAACGUCCAUAUUUUGCUUAAACCGCAUCAAAAAGAGUUGACAUCAGAGAGCUAUAAGAUAAUUGAAAACAUUCCGCGUUUGAUCCCAGUUUGUGGUCGAACUGAGGAAAGCGUUAACAAUAUAUUCGACUUUUUAGAACAAAAUCCUAAACGAGUCACUCGAGAACUGUUGUCUCUCUUGUUUGAUAUCUCGCAGACCACUGAAUCUUCAGGUAUGAAUCAUCGCGGAUAUCUUUUGGCCAAAAACAAUGAAGAAGAAGAUACCAUUUCAUUUACUCGAGAAGUGUCUCGAAUCCAAGACAAGAGACCCCUUUGGUUCGUGUUUUCAGGAAUGGGAAGCCAAUGGACAGCUAUGGCUAAGGGAAUGAUGACUUUGGAUGUAUUCAACAAAUCAAUUCAAAAAUCUGUUCAAAUAUUAAAACCAUUGGGCAUUGAUUUGCUUAAUCUGAUUCUUAGCGACGAUGACUCAGCACUUGAGACAACUGUUGCUCCGUUUGUGGCCAUCGCUGCCGUACAGAUAGCUUUGACUGAUUUGCUUAAAGAACUGGAGAUUGAACCCGACGGCAUAGUUGGCCAUUCUGUUGGAGAGUUAGGUUGCGCUUAUGGUGAUGGUGUUUUUACCCAUGAACAAAUGUUAUUGGCUGCUUACUGGAGAGGAAAGUGUGUAGAAGACGCCAAACUACCUAAAGGUUUGAUGGCUGCGGUCGGUCUGACGUGGGAAGAGGCUAAGAGACGUUGUCCUAAAGGCGUUGUUCCCGCCUGUCAUAACUCGGAAGACUCGGUAACUAUCUCUGGUUCAUAUCAAGAGACGCAUAAAUUUUUGGAAGAACUCAGAGCUGAAAAUAUCUUUGCUCGCGAAGUAAAGAGUUCGGGCGUCGCUUUUCAUAGUUAUUUCAUGGAAGCCAUUGCACCGACACUUCUUGAUAAACUCAAGAAAGUUAUUACAGAUCCAAAAGUUCGAAGUCCCCGAUGGCUCAGUUCAUCUGUUCCUGAAAGUCGUUGGGGAGAGGAUUUGGCCAAAUAUUCUGCACCGGCUUAUUAUGUAAACAACUUGACAUCACCGGUGCUGUUCCACGAAGCCAUUCAAUUGGUUCCUAAAAACGCAAUUGUUAUCGAAAUAGCUCCCCAUUGUUUGCUUCAGGCGAUACUUAAGCGAAGUCUUGGGUCAGACAUUGCAUACGUUGGUCUAAUGAAACGUAAUAACAAUGCAGGAAAUCUCGAUAUGGUUUUGUCGGCCAUCGGAAAACUUUACGAAUUAGGAUUAAAUCCCAGAGUUGACAAACUUUAUACUAAAGUGCAAUAUCCAGUCGCUCGCGGAACCCAAUCAAUAAGUCCAUUGAUUGGUUGGGACCACUCGCAGGACUGGUUGGUCACUCUUUAUCCCGAAUAUUUCAAUCCCAGCAGUUCUUCUGAUUAUACGGUUAAAGUGGAUCUCCAAGAAAAGGGCGACGAAUAUUAUUCAGGUCAUUGUAUUGAUGGACGCGUUUUAUUCCCGGCCACCGGUUAUCUGAUGCUUGCGUGGCAAAUGUUGGCCAAACAAAAGGGUCAAUAUUGGGACAAAUUGCCCGUUGAGUUUGAGAACGUGACUCUCCAUAGGGCGACAAUUCUGCCAAAACAAGGACAGACAAAGUUUGUCAUUCGAAUGAUGGAAACCAGCGGCGAAUUUUCUAUCAGUGAAGGCGGAACUAUUGCGGUUACCGGAAGAAUAUUUGUUCCCGAAGAUGUUGAUCUUAGUUUACAACAUUUACUAACAGACGGUUCAGUUCCCAAUGAGAACACAUUAAAACUUGAACCCAAAGAUAUUUACAAAGAACUCCGAAUUAGAGGCUAUGAUUACGGACCGACAUUCCAAGGAUUAGCUGAAACUACUGCUGAUGGACGCCACGGAAAGAUUAGAUAUAACGGAAGUUGGAUUGCAUUCGCUGACGCUAUGCUUCAAAUCGGUAUUAUUGGCAAAUCCACUCGUGGUCUUUAUCUACCCGUCAGAUUCCAAUCGGUUCGAUGCGAUCCCAGAGUUUUUACUGAAUCUAUUGAAUCGUCCGGUAGUGACCAACUUCUUAAUGUUGUUUGCGAUCCACGAAUCAAUGUAUGCGUUGCUAAAGGUUUGGAAAUCAGAGGCCUUAAAGUAAAUCUAGCGCCACGAAGACAGGGAGCACAGGUGCCAACUCUGGAGAAGUAUCAAUUUGUUGCAUACGAUGGCGAUAAAGCUCUCGAAGACAACGAAUUGAAAGAUUUGAAUGAAUAUAUUGAAGUUUGCACUUCACUUACACGAAAAGUUUUGGAAGCCUACGGAAAACAGACUAAAGAAAUUCAGGAAAUUCUUAACCAAUUUAAAGAAGCGAAAGACGAUAUCGUCAAAGAAUAUUUAGUUGCUCCUCAUGAAGAACACGUUUUGCUUCGUGUUCUUAAAGAUUUAAUAACAUUUGACAAGAAAGUAAGCCUUAGAGACAAUGUUUCUCAAGUUCUUAAUAAAUAUGGACCAGAGUUGUCAAAGGACACCGUCGCCAAUGUAUUCACAAAACAAAGUUUUCUUCGACCGGCUCUGGAAGUUGUUGUUGAAAACCUAACGUCACUGAAACUUAAUGUUCUCGAAGUGAAUGCCAGUCCAAUCAUAUUAAACGAACGGAUCAAUAGUUUGUUGAAUAGUUCCGGUUUUAAUUUGGCAGUGAAUUACACAUUAGCUCAUCCGUCGCCCGCAAAUCUGACAGACUUGGGUGACAUUCGUGUUGCUGAAUGGAAUGUCACCAAAUCGAAUGUUCCUCUGGAGGCAAAUACUGUGGAUCUCGUCGUCUACAAAGACAUUUACUCGUCGACCAAUACCUCAAACGGUGUCAAUAUUGAAGCACUUACUGAAUCAUUAUAUUCAGUGACCAAAGAAAAUGGAUUUGUGAUCGCUUUAUUACGAACCAACUUCACACCCGCUGAAAGAUUCUUCUAUAAAGUUGUCGACCAAACUGUGCCCAACACUAAAGCCAAUGAAUUCAUUUCAAAGGCCGAAAAAGUUGGAUUUACUGUUGUUUCCAAUCAAAACGAUUCAUUGACCUCAUCAGUGGUACUAUUGAGAAAAAUAACCAAAAAACAACCCUCUGAUCAAAGUAUUAUAAACGUAACGACAACUAAAUAUGACACUUGGGUUGAGACACUUAAGUCGAAAAUCGAAGAACACCAGAACAAACAAAAUGGACAAAAUGUAUGGCUUGUUGCCAAUGACUCGUCCGCUAACGGAGUGGUUGGUCUCGUCAAAUGUCUGCGUCAGGAACCGGGAGGUGAUAAGAUUCGUUGUAUAUUUAAUGCCAGCAAAUCCAACAAAAACAAGACGGCUUUACCUGCCGUUGCUUUCGAUAAAUCCAUUUAUUCAGAUAUUCUUAAGAAAGAUCUCGUAAUGAAUGUCUAUAGAGACGGCAAAUUAGGAUCAUUCAGACACUUUGAUUUGAGUGAUAAUCGACAAAAUGAAUUGAUUGAUACCGAACACGCUUACCUCAAUGUUACCACAAGAGGUGAUCUGUCAAGUCUGAAGUGGUACGAAGCGCAACACAAAUAUUGGACAGCACUUCCAUCGGCACACAAGAAUCCUAAUGAAGUUCUCUGUAGUGUAUAUUACGCGCCGUUGAACUUUAGAGACAUUAUGCUGGCUACCGGUAAAUUGCCUCCCGAUGCUCUUCCAGGAGAUUUGGCUCUCCAAGACUGCAUUCUCGGUCUUGAAUUUGCUGGUCGUGACCACAAUGGCAAUCGAGUAAUGGGAAUGGUUGCCGCUAAAGGUUUGGCUACAACUGUUGUUUGCGAUGACCCCGAAUUCUUGUGGAAAAUACCCGAUAACUGGACUAUGGAAGAGGCCAGUACUGUACCCGUAGUUUACAGUACUGCUUAUUAUGCGCUUGUGGUCAGAGGUGGUCUACAAAAAGGUGAAAGUGUUUUGAUUCAUUCAGGAAGUGGUGGCGUCGGACAGGCGGCCAUUUCUAUUGCCCUCAGUAUGGGAUGCGAAGUGUACACUACUGUUGGAAGUGAAGAAAAAAGAGAAUACCUGAAGAAAGAGUUCCCACAAUUGGCUAAUAAAAACUUUGCUAAUUCUCGUGACACCAGUUUUGAACAACACAUACUCAGACAAACAGCUGGUCGAGGUGUAGAUGUUGUUCUCAAUUCAUUAUCAGAAGAGAAACUUCAGGCCAGUGUUCGAUGUCUUGCACAACACGGAAGGUUUCUAGAGAUUGGAAAAUAUGACUUAUCACAGAACAAUCCAUUGGGAAUGUCUGCAUUCCUCAAGAAUAUUGCAUUCCAUGGCAUCCUUUUGGACGCUUUGUUUGGUCCGUCUUCAACACAUUCCCCCGGAAUUCAGGGCCAAAAGCUUGCAGUGGCUAAUCUGGUUAUGAAUGGAAUUAAGAGUGGUUCGGUUCGACCUCUUAAGCGAACUAUCUUUGGUACGAAUCAGACAGAAGAAGCGUUCCGUUUUAUGGCUUCGGGUAAACACGUCGGCAAAGUUGUUCUUAAAAUUAGAGAUGAAGAAUCACAGAAAGUAGUGAAACCCAAAAAAUUAGUGGUUAAAGCCUUACCCCGUACAGCACUUCAUCCACUUAAGUCCUACAUUGUUACCGGAGGUUUAGGUGGAUUUGGGCUCGAAUUGGCCCAUUGGUUGGUUGAAAGAGGAGCUCGUAAAUUGGUUCUCACUUCUAGAAGUGGUCCAAGAGAUGCUUAUCAACAUCUUUGCAUUAAACGUCUUCGCUCUUAUGGCGCUCAUGUCAUAGUUUCGACGGCUAAUGCGUCUACAAUCGAAGGCGCGACUCAACUCAUGAAGGAAGCCAUAUCUUUAGGACCUGUCGGUGGUAUCUUUAACUUGGCUAUGGUCUUAAGUGACGCUUUUAUUGACAAACAAACUGUUGAGUCAUUCAAAACUGUGUGCGGACCUAAAGUCGACGGUACCAUGAAUUUAGAUGCAGUCUCUCGUCAAUUAUGUCCAGAAUUGGAUUACUUUGUGGCCUUCUCUUCGGUUAGUUGUGGCAGAGGUAAUGCCGGACAAAGCAACUAUGGUUUUGCAAAUUCAUCGAUGGAAAGAGUUUGUGAACAAAGAAUAUCUGAUGGUUUGCAUGGUUUGGCCAUUCAAUGGGGAGCUAUCGGAGACGUCGGUGUUGUUUCAGAGAAUAUGGGCGGUAAUGAUGUUGUCGUUGGCGGUACUCUACCACAGCGUAUGCCUUCGUGUUUAUCAGUUUUGGAUCGUUUCCUUCAUUUAGAUGAAAGUGUUUGUUGUAGUCUUGUUAAAGCUGUUCGACAGACCGACACAUCGGGUGGUAAAAAACAAGACUUAGUGAAAACAAUUGCAAACAUUCUUGGAAUUAAAGACUACCAGAACUUGAGUGCGACGACCACUUUGGCUGAAAUGGGAAUGGAUUCGCUUAUGGGAGUGGAAGUGAAACAGACAUUAGAACGAGACUAUGAUGUGAUUCUUUCGAUGCAAGAGUUGAGAUCACUCAAUGUUGGUCACCUCCAAGAAAUUAAUGGCAGUAAUAAUGAAGUAACCAAUCGUAUCAGUAAUGAAGCACCUCUUCAGCUCAAUAUCUCUAUUCCUCGAAUUGGUUUACCAACCGAAGCAAUCGUCAGAUUGAAUGACGUUAAAGAAGGAAUGCCUGUUUUCUUUUUGCCGCCACUGGAAGGUGUCUUCAAUCUGUUGGAAGUGUUAGCCAAACAAAUCAAACGACCAGUUAUUGGUCUUAAUUGGACUCUUGCCUUCAAAAAUAUGACAACAAUUGAAGAAGUAUCGGCUCAUUAUAUUGAAGCGGCUAAACGUCUAAAUGAUAGCAAUAGCUUUGAUUUGAUUGGUUACUCAUUUGGUUCACUUUUAUCAUUUGAGAUGAGUCUUCAGUUACAGCCCAAGACUAAAGUAAAUUUGAUACUUUUGGACGGAUCUCCUACUCAAUUGAUGGUCAGCACUGAACAGUUCCGAGAGAGAUAUCAGGCCAACGAUGAUAAAGUGCAGCACGUGGAGGCUUUGGUACAGUUCCUCAUGCAAUUCGUUCCAAUCAACUAUCAAAAGAUCAGAUCAGAAUUGUCAGCCAUUGCUGAGGAUGAUCUCCGCGUCCAGAAAGCGGCCGAGAUUUUUGUAGAGAACGGCGGACCCAAGUCUGACCCGAAGGACAUCGCAUUGGCUGCCGAAGCAUUUUUCCGUAAAGUGAAAAUGAUGCACAACUAUAGAUUCAACAAGAAGUUUGACGGAGACAUCCUUCUUAUUAGAGCUGAAGAAUUGAUUGUCAAAAGCGAAGACAUUCAUUUGCCACACGAUUACGGCGUUUCUGAGUCGAUUACCGGCAAAUGCGAGACCCAUGUUAUGCCCGGAAAUCACAAAACAUUUUUGUUAAACAAUUUGGAGAAAGUGUCUCAACUGAUCAAUGAUCGACUUUAAAGAUUUAUUAAUGACUAUAAUCUCAUAUAUUUUCUACUUUUUUUAAUUUCGAUAUUUUAUUUUUAAUAUAAAUUAUGUUAUUAAAUAUAUAA